AUGGAUAAACCCAGCAAUUGGGUGCCUAUGCGGGAAGGCCCUUCUUUCCAGCCUCGCAAACUCAAGGUUGUUUGCAUAGGUGCCGGGUAUGCAGGGCUGAUGCUCUCGUAUCAGUACAAGCAUGGAGACUCGCCCUUGGACCAGUUUAUUGACCUAAAAAUCUACGACAAAAAUGAUGACGUCGGAGGAACUUGGCUGGUCAAUAAAUAUCCCGGGGUUGCAUGCGAUGUUCCCGCGCACAUCUACACUUUCCCCUUUGAGCCGAAUCCCUCUUGGAGUCAGUUUUAUGCUACAGGCCCAGAGAUAUGGAGCUACAUCAAGAACACGUCUGAUAAGUAUAAGCUUCAAGAGCCCGUUAUACUCAACUCUGAAGUCAUAUCCUCUGUCUGGGACGACGGCGCUGGUAAGUGGCACUUGGAGAUCCAGCAUGGUCAAAGCCGUGAGAUCACCCACGAGGAAGCAGACCUAGUCAUCAACGCCACGGGCUUCCUCAGCAAAUGGACCUGGCCCAGGAUACCUGGGCUGGAAAGGUUCAAGGGGAAGCUGGCUCAUACAGCUGCAUGGGAUACAAGCCUCGACUGGUCCGGCAAGACAGUGGCCAUCAUUGGCAACGGUUCUUCCGCUGUGCAAGUCCUUCCACAAAUGCAACCUACCGCAGCCAGGAUCGUCAACUAUGCCCGAAGCCCGCUUUGGAUCAGUAGCGCAUUCGCAUCCGAGUUUACCCCCGAGGGCAAGAACUUCACCUACACUGAUGAGGAGAUCCAAGCAUUCAAGGAUGAUAAGGAGAUGUUCUUCCAGCUCCGGCAUAGUAUUGAGCACUCCUUCAAUAAGUUCUUCAAGGUUUCCAUCAAGGACAGUCCAGAGCAGCAAGCCGCGUUUCAGCUAUUCAAGUCAAAGAUGGAAGAGGCACUCAACCACGACCCCGACCUGUGUGCCAGGCUCAUCCCGACAUUCCAAGUUGGCUGUCGGCGAUUGUCUCCCGGUGAGAACUAUCUCCAGGCGCUACAACAAGACAACGUCACCCUCCAAAAUGAAGCCAUUCAGGAGAUUGUUGAAGGUGGAAUUCGCAGCCUCACAAAGACGGAAGAGUUUGAUAUCAUUGUUUGCGCAACAGGGUUUGAUGUCAGUUUUGUUCCGGGAUUCAAAGUCGUGGGUCAGAACGGUAUCUCGCUCGCUGAGCAGUGGAAGGAUGCUCCAGAGGCGUACUUUGGGGUAUUUGCGGCAAACAUGCCCAACUUCUUUACUAUCAAUGGUCCAAACACACCUCUGGCGCACGGAAGCUUACUGGCUGUUAUGUCGUUCACGGUAGACUACAUCGCAAGAUGGGUCCGGAAGAUAUCAACACAGAAUAUCAAGUCCGUCCAGGUUCGCCAGGAUGCAUUAGAUGACUUCAAUGUCUAUACUCAAGAGCUGAUGAAGAAGACUGUUUGGACUGGUGACUGUCGGUCCUGGUUCAAGAAAGGAAAGGCCGACGGUAGGGUAACAGCUAUGUACCCGGGCAGUGUGAUCCACUACAAGGAAAUCCUGGACGAGUUUAGAACCGAGGACUUCGUGUUUACGUACACUGGCGGGAACCGGUUCCAGUUUAUGGGCAACGGCUUGACUUUUAGGGAAAAAAAUGAUGGGGACUUAGCAUGGUAUAUGCGGAGAUAG